AUGCCCACCGUCCUUCUGCCCUCGUCGGCAGCCGCAUUCGCACCACGCUCGUCCCCGAACGUGGUGCUGAAUGCCCGCAUCGAGCCGUGGUUGACUGCCACCUUGAAGCGAGUAAACCGAGUCAAGCGACCUCUCAAUAAUGUUACCCAGCACACCAGAUGCUUGACGGAGACGCUGUCGUCCCCCAACGCCAUCUGGACGCUGUGCUCCAUGAUGUUCCCCAAGGCCCCUGAUGCGGAGCUCCGGAAGGACGACAACCCGCUCGUCGAGGCCCUCUUUAACUACCAGAUGAUCCACAUGGAAGCGUACGUCGUGCAUGUCGACAUGGUGUCGCAGAACGAAGUGGCUUUCAAGUUGACCCCAGAGACCAUCGAGGCUCUGGUCGAUUACCACAAGGAUAUCUAUUCCAUCGACACCGCCGCCAGCACCUGGGACUGGCCCGACAAGGACAGCCAGCUGAAGAAGCUGCAGGAGGAGUUUGUGCAGGCAGUCAACAAGUUCGUCUAUCGCACCAGUGCGCUUGCGCUCGAAGGCCUCGAGGAGGAUGGCGCCGGCGAGCUACUCGGAGGUCGCAGCGACGACGCAAAGGCGGCGAUCACCAGCCUGUUCGUGCCCCUGUUGCCACCACCACCACGAGUGGUCGAUGUGCUUCGUUCGACGCCUCUCCUGCCCAGCUCGACCGGGGCGACCGCUUGGUGGCAGGAGCCGGUCCCGCAACCACUACCGUUGGAAUCAUGGAAGGUUCUUCCAUCCAGCCCUGCGACAACCAGCACCGUCGAGAACCCUAGUAUCGCAGCUUACUUCGCCAACGUUCGCUCAACCAUACACAACGUCACCGUACAAUGCGGCGCAAUACUACAGUGCGGCGGCGACGUCGGCGGCGGCCAUCGCGGCGCUCCCGCUACCGAGCAUGCUGGUGCAACCAUGCAGCACGGUGGCGGGACUGGCGGGGUUUGGAUGGGAAAGUCGGUACCAGGAUUUUUCACUGCCGUACGGGACAACAAUGUAACAGGUCCAUGGAACCAGACACUUGAUGUUAACGGUAUCCCUGACUUCGCGUGUCUUUGGAAUAGAUCCCAGGAUGCAUAUCGACAGAAUGAAUACGACUCCGGGCCCGAGCAACCACCACCACCCUACGGCUACACACAUCAGACUAAUUGGCAUCAAUGA